CCAUUCAAACUUGACAGAGCAGGAGGAAAAACAGGCGGCUGAUGCAGUGUCACUGGUGCACCUCUCAGACUUGAGAAGAUGAGUGAUUUGGAAGAAGAGGAGGACGGAUUGGAGUCUGCAGCGUCCAGCUGUCAGUUAAUGAAGAGUGAUCCGUCAAAAGGAAAUCCUCCACGACUCAGUAAUGAACCUGAACCUUCACACACAAAACAGAGAGCAGGAUCUCCAGUACCCAGCUGUCUGUCCAUGAAGAGUGACUCUUCCAAAGAGGAACCUCCAUACUUCAGUAAUGAACCUGGACCAUCAGACACAAAACAGAGAGCAGGAUCUCCAGUACCCAGCUGUCUGUCCAUGAAGAGUGACUUUUCCAAAGAGGAACCUCCAUACUUCAGUAAUGAACCUGGACCAUCAGACACAAAACAGAGAGCAGGAUCUCCAGUACCCAGCUGUCUGUCCAUGAAGAGUGACUUUUCCAAAGAGGAACCUCCAUACUUCAGUAAUGAACCUGGACCCUCACACAGAAAACAGAGAGCAGGAUCUCCAGUACCCAGCUGUCUGUCCAUGAAGAGUGACUUUUCCAAAGAGGAACCUCCAUACUUCAGUAAUGAACCUGGACCCUCACACAGAAAACGGAGAGCAGGAUCUCCAGUACCCAGCUGUCUGUCCAUGAAGAGUGACUUUUCCAAAGAGGAACCUCCAUACUUCAGUAAUGAACCUGGACCAUCAGACACAAAAGACAAAACGGAGAAGACCCAUGUUACUAUGGUGGAGCAGCCGUCCUGCUGUGCUUUGUGUCACAACGUCCUGAGGGAUCCAGUCUAUACCAGCUGUGGACACUGGUUCUGCACACAGUGCAUCACAUCAUACUUGGACCAGUCCAGUACAUCAGGAGAAUCUUCUUGUCCCCAGUGUGGAAAAGGAUCCAUAAAAAAACCUAGACUAGAGACAGCCAGUCAGACCAGCGAUCUGCAGGAGGUUCUAGAUGAACAUAAGAUCAGUCUGAGGAGGACAUGUGAACGUGUGACUGAAGGAACUGAUCAAACAGGAAAUGAAACCCUCCUCAACAGGAUCUACACUGAGCUCUACAUCACAGAGGGACAGAGUGAAGAGGUUAAUACCCAACAUGAGGUGAGGCAGCUUGAGUCAGCUUCCAAGAUGAAGACCCUCCAUGACACUCCAAUCAAGUACCACGACAUCUUUAAAGCCUCACCAGACCAACAGACCAUCAGAGUCGUUCUGACCAACGGAGUCGCCGGCGUUGGAAAAACCUUCUCAGUGCAGAAGUUCACUCUGGACUGGGCAGAGGGUUUGGAAAACCAAGAUGUCAGUCUGGUGAUUCUGCUUUCGUUCAGGGAGCUGAACUUGAUCAGACAUGAGCAGUACAGUCUUCUGAAGCUGCUCCAUGUUUUCCAUCCAACAUUACAGAAGGUCACAGCAGAGGAGCUCUCUGUCUGUAAACCUCUGUUCAUCUUUGAUGGUCUGGAUGAAAGCAGACUUUCAUUGGAUUUCCACAACAACGAGGUCGUGUCUGAUGUCACACAGGAGACAUCAGUCAACGUGCUGCUGACAAACCUCAUCGAGGGGAAUCUGCUUCCCUCGGCUCUCGUCUGGAUAACUUCCAGACCUGCAGCAGCCAAUCAGAUCCCUCCUACACGUGUUGACAGGGUAACAGAAGUACGAGGCUUCACGGACCCCCAGAAGGAGGAGUACUUCAGGAGAAGAUUCAGUGAUGAAGAGCUGUCCAGUAGAAUCAUCUCACACAUCAAGACUUCCAGGAGUCUCCACAUCAUGUGUCUAAUCCCAGUCUUCUGCUGGAUCACUGCUACAGUUCUGGACCACAUGUGGACCACAGACCAGAGAGGAGAGCUGCCCAAGACCCUGACUGACAUGUACUCACACUUCCUGCUGGUCCAGACAAAGAGGAAGAAGCAGAAGUACCAUGAUGGACAUGAGACGAGUCCACAGGAGCUGAUGGAGGCUGACAGGGAAGUUCUUCUGAAGCUGGGGAGGCUGGCGUUUGAACAUCUGGAGAAAGGAAACAUCAUGUUCUACCAAGAAGACCUGGAGCAGUGUGGUAUUGAUGUCACAGAGGCCUCGGUGUACUCAGGAGUCUGUACAGAGAUCUUCAAAAGAGAGAGUGUGAUCUUUGGGAAAACAGUCUACUGCUUCGUUCAUCUGAGUGUUCAAGAGUUUCUGGCUGCAGUCUACCUGUUCCACUGUUACACAAACAGGAAGACAGAGGAGAAAAAGAGUGACUCAUCCCUGAAAAGCUCUCCUUAUCGUGAAAGUGAUGAUGAUCAUGAUGAGGAAGAUGACCGUGAAGAUUGUGAUGAGGAAGACGAUUAUGAUGAUUUUGAUGAUCAAGAUAUUCUUGAUUCUGACAAUGUGGAAGAUGAUCAUGAUGAUUAUGAUGAGGAAGAUCAUGAUAAUGAUGAUGAUGAUGAUGAGGAAGAUCAUGAUAAUGAUGAUGAUGAUGAUGAUGAUGAUGAUGAUGAUGACCAAGACGACCGUGAUGAUUAUGAUGACCGUGAAGAUUAUGAUGACCAAGAUGACCGUGAUGAUUAUGAUGACCAAGAUGACCGUGAUGAUUAUGAUGACCAAGAUGACCGUGAUGAUUAUGAUGACCGUGAUGAUUAUGAUGACCAAGAUGACCAUGAUGAUUAUGGCAAUGGUGUGUCAGAUAAAAAUGACACAGUCUCAUCUCUGGAGGACUUCUUGGGGAGAGGCAUGGAAAAAUCCCUGAAAAGUAAAAAUGGCCACCUGGACCUGUUUGUCCGCUUCCUUCAUGGCCUCUCUCUGGAGUCCAACCAGAGACUCUUAGGAGGCCUGCUGGGUCAGACAGACAACAGUCCAGAAAUCAUCCAGAGAGCCAUCAGCAACCUGAAGAAGAAGAACAUGGACCAGAUCUCUCCUGACAGAAGCAUCAACAUCUUCCACUGUCUGAUGGAGAUGAACGACCUCUCAGUACAUCAGGAGAUCCAAGAGUUCCUGAAGUCAGGAAGCAAAUCAAACAAGGAACUCUCAGAGAUCCACUGCUCAGCUCUGGCCUACAUGCUGCAGAUGUCAGAGGAGGUUCUGGAUGAGUUGGACCUGAGGAAGUACAACACAUCAGAGGAGGGGCAACUGAGACUGAUUCCUGCUGUGAGGAACUGCAGAAAGGCUGUACUUAAAAACUGUGGACUUUCAGACACACACUGUGAAGUUGUGGCCUCAGCUCUGAAGUUCGAUCCCUCCAAUCUAAAAGAACUGGACCUGAGCAACAACCGCCUGCAGGAUUUAGGGGUGAAGCUGCUGUCUGCUGGACUGGAGAGUCCAAACUGUAGACUGGAGAUUCUGAGAUUGAGUUACUGCAGGUUGUCAGAGGUCAGCUGUUCUUCUCUGCUCUCAGCUCUGAAGUCAAACCCCUCCCAUCUGAGAGAACUGGAUCUGAGAUACAAUCACAAACUGCAGGAUUCAGGAGUGAAGCUGCUGAGUGAUUUUCUGGAGAAUCCACUCUGUAGACCGGAGACUCUGAGAUUGAGUUACUGCAGCUUGUCAGAGGUCAGCUGUUCUUCUCUACUGUCAGCUCUGAAGUCAAAUCCCUCCCAUCUGACCGAACUGGAUCUGAGUGGAAACAAGCUGCAGGAUUCAGACGUGAAGCUGCUCAGUGAUUUUCUGGAGAGUCCACUCUGUAGACUGGAGACUCUGAGAUUGAGCGACUGCAGUUUGUCAGAGAUCAGCUGUUCUUCUCUGGGCUCAGCUCUGAAGUCCAACCCCUCCCAUCUGAGAGAGCUGGAUCUGAGUGGAAACAAGCUGAAGGACUCAGACGUGAAGCUGCUGUCUGGUCUUGUGAGGAGUCCGAACUGUGGACUGGAGACUCUGAGAUGGUCCUGAUCUCUGUCAGCUGAGUCCUGACGAUCCAGAGAGCAUCUGGAGACUGGAGACUGCUCCACCACCUCCACCUGGAUCUUAUUUUGUCUACCACACACCAGAAGACUUUUAAAACACUUAAGUCUGACACCCUCUCACAUAUAAAGACAUUUCACCUCAUAUAACAGCUUUCACAUGCUCAUGAACAAGGAAGUAUAAAGACCAGAGAAGCACACACAGAGCAGAAGUAGAGGUGGAUAGGUCCAAUCUCUUCUCCAGGAGACGCUGUUUGUUGAUUUAUUUGUAACGUGACUUGCAUACUUCAUUAUCAGCACUUUUGGAGUUAUUUUAACCCGAAUAAAGAUCUUUUCCUAAACCAUAGUUUUAUUGAUUAAACCUAACUAAGUAGGAUUAUUGUUUAAACCUAACUAAGUAGUUUUGUUGUCUAAACCUAAAUAAGUAGUUUUAUUGUUUAAACCCAACUAAGUAGUUUAGUUGUCUAAACCUAACUAAGUAGUUUAGUUGUUUUAAGCAAAACAAUUAACAAUAUGGUAAAAUCUGUGACACAAAAUGGCGGCGUAAAAAAAGAAGACGGCAUCAUGUUGACCACAAAUCUAAAGCUUUUCCUCAUUCAUCACAAUCUUAUGAAGAUAAAAUGUCAGAAAGAAAAACAAACAAAUGUGUAUUAAAGGACACAAAACAACUGUAAACUUUGAUGUGGUUUUGUGAAAGAAGUGCAAAAAUAUUUUUUUAAAUAUCAAAGCAAGUAACAGUAACAAAAUGUUUGUGCGGAAUAUCAAUGAAUGACUAGUGAACCUGUUAGAAGGUAUCUUAUUUACAUACUUUAUAUGUAAAUACGUUUUUAAUGGUCAAAACGUGGUAAUAUUAAAGUAUAUUUUACAUAAAUAUAUAUUUUAAAGUGUUUUAAACACUUCCAUUAGUGUAAUUAUCAUGUCAGCACGUGUAAUGACAUGUUUGUUGAACUGUGAAUGUGAUCCAGGAUUCUGUAAACUGUAUAUAAACUGAAACGAAUAAUCAAUAAGUGAAUCAACAGAGAAUUAUGCAGCAAAUGUUUUGACCGAUUGUUUACAAUACUAAAAAAGGCAAUAAAUUGACAGGUUUCAGCCCCUCAGGUGUGAUUAUUCAGUUUUUCGUAGUCGAUAUAAGAGUAAAUUUAAUAUCUUUGGGGUUUGGUCGAUCAAAGAGAAAGAAAUAUGAAAUACUGUAAAUACUUUAUGAUUAUUCUAUAGUAUGAACUGUUGUGUAUAUAUGUGUAUAAUAUGGAGGUAUUGAUAAGAGCUUUAGCCUUUUGGCAUGGGGGGAUUAUGAGACAACGGGCCUCUGGACACAGACAUGCAACCACAUCUCCUACAUACAAGACACACAGACUCUAGUCUUGUUUAGCCUCUUUAGCCUCUCCUCUGUUGUUGUUUUGUGACUCUUUAUGCUCAUUUUGUGUCCCUGUGGAGUUGUUUUUUGUCUCUUUUUUGGUUGUUUUGGGAGUUUUGUGUUUGUUUGUGUCUCCCUGUUAGUUGUUGAGUGUCUCUUUGUGACUCUUUGUAGUUGUUUUGUGUUUCUUUGUAGCCAUUCUUUCUCAUUGUAGCCAUUAUUUGUGUCUUUGUAAACAUUCUUUGUGUCUUUGAAGCCAUUCUUUGUCUUUGUAAACAUUCUUUGUGUCUUUGAAGCCAUUCUUUGUGUCUUUGUAAACAUUCUUUGUGUCAUUGUAGCCAUUCUUUGAGUCAUUGUAGCCAUUCUUUGUGUCUUUGUAAACAUUCUUUGUGUCUUUGAAGCCAUUAUUUGUGUCUUUGUAAACAUUCUUUGUGUCUUUGUAAACAUUAUUUGUGUCAUUGUAGCCAUUCUUUGUGUCUUUGUAAACAUUAUUUAUGUCUUUGUAAACAUUCUCUGUGUCUUCGUAAACAUUAUUUGUGUCUUAGUAAACAGUAUUUGUGUCUUUGUAAACAUUCUCUGUGUCUUCGUAAACAUUAUUUGUGUCUUUGUAAACAUUAUUUGUGUCUUAGUAAACAUUCUCUGUCUUUGUAAACAUUCUUUGUGUCAUUGUAAACAUUAUCUGUGUCUUUGUAAACAUUAUUUGUGUCUUUGUAAACAUUCUCUGUCUUUGUAAACAUUAUUUGUGUCUUUGUAAACAUUCUCUGUGUCUUAGUAAACAUUCUUUGUGUCUUUGUAAACAUUCUCUGUGUCUUUGUAAACAUUCUUUGUGUCUUUGUAAACAUUCUUUGUGUCUUUGUAAACAUUAUUUGUGUCUUUGUAAACAUUCUUUGUGUCUUAGUAAACAUUCUUUGUGUCAUUGUAAACAUUAUUUGUGUCUUAGUAAACAUUAUUUGUGUCUUUGUAAACAUUCUCUGUGUCAUUGUAAACAUUAUUUGUGUCUUUGUAAACAUUAUUUGUGUCU